GCGGUGCUUGAGCCGUGGUGGCAGAGCUGGAAGGGUGCCGCUGGAUCCCGUUGCAGCCUUGGGAGAUGCCUGGGACAAGGAGGCCACCUUCUCAGGGCAGAAGGAAAAGAAGGUGACAGACGUUGAGACCACUGAGGGGAACCCAUGGCUAGGAUCAGUUUUUCCUACCUCUGCCCACCUUCCUGGUACUUCACUGUGCCCACAGUGAGCCCAUUUCUCCGUCAGCGGGUGGCAUUCCUGGUACUCUUCUUCAUAUCCUGUCUCCUUUUACUUAUGCUGAUCAUGGACUUACGACAUUGGGGAGCCUCAUUACCAAGAGAUAGACAAUAUGAAAGGUAUUUGGCUCGGGUAGGAGAUCUUGAAGCCACUGACACUGAAGACCCAAAUCUCAAUUAUGGACUUGUGGUAGACUGUGGGAGCAGUGGCUCCCGGAUUUUUGUUUAUUUCUGGCCAAAACAUAAUGGGAACCCUCACGACCUGCUGGACAUCAAACAAAUGAGAGACCGCAACAGCCAGCCUGUGGUUAAAAAAAUCAAACCAGGAAUCUCUGCAAUGGCAGACACCCCAGAACAUGCCAGCGAUUACCUUCGUCCUCUGCUGAGCUUUGCUGCUGCUCACGUGCCUGUGAAGAAGCACAAGGAGACCCCACUUUACAUCCUUUGCACAGCAGGCAUGAGGCUUCUACCUGAGAGGAAGCAGUUGGCUAUCUUGGCUGACCUAGUGAAAGAUUUACCACUGGAGUUUGACUUCCUCUUUUCACAGUCUCAGGCUGAAGUGAUCUCUGGGAAGCAGGAAGGGGUUUAUGCAUGGAUUGGAAUCAACUUUGUUUUGGGAAGAUUUGACCAUGAAGAUGAAUCAGAUGUUGAGACUUCUCAGGAAUCAGCAGCAGGACGAAGAAGGACAGUAGGGAUCCUGGAUAUGGGAGGAGCCUCUCUCCAGAUUGCUUAUGAAGUUCCCACCUCUGCCUCUCUCCUGCCUCCGAAACAGGAAGAAGCUGCCAAGAUCUUGCUAGCUGAGUUCAACCUGGGCUGUGAUGUACAGCACACUGAACAUGUUUACAGGGUUUAUGUAACAACCUUUCUGGGUUUUGGUGGCAACUUUGCCCGGCAGCGCUAUGAAGACCUCAUGCUGAAUGAAACUCUACACAAAAACAGAUUGCUGGGCCAGAAGACAGGCCUGAGUCCCGACAAUCCAUUUCUGGAUCCCUGUCUGCCCGUGGGACUCACAGAUGUGGUAGAGAGGAACAGCCAGAUCCUGCAUGUCCGAGGAAAGGGAGACUGGACCACUUGUGGGGCGAUGCUGAGCCCCCUGCUGGCUCGCUCCAACACCAGCCAGGCCUCAUUGAAUGGCAUUUAUCAGUCACCAAUUGACUUUAAUAAUAGCGAGUUCUAUGGCUUCUCUGAGUUCUUUUACUGCACAGAGGAUGUGCUGCGCAUUGGAGGCCGCUACCACGGACCAACAUUUGCUAAGGCUGCUCAGGAUUACUGCGGCAUGGCUUGGUCAGUUCUAACUCAGAGAUUCAAAAAUGGACUCUUUUCUUCACAUGCAGAUGAGCAUCGACUCAAAUAUCAGUGUUUCAAGUCAGCUUGGAUGUACCAAGUGCUACAUGAAGGAUUCCACUUUCCCUACGACUACCCAAACCUGCGCACAGCCCAGCUGGUAUAUGACCGAGAGGUUCAGUGGACACUGGGAGCCAUUUUGUAUAAAACUCGUUUCUUACCACUCAGGGAUCUUCGGCAGGAAGGUGUCCGACAAGCCCAUGGCAGCUGGCUGCGUCUCUCCUUUGUCUACAACCACUAUCUCUUCUUUGCCUGUAUCUUGGUGGUGCUACUGGCCAUCAUCCUAUACCUUCUGCGAAUCCGCCGAAUUCACCACCGACAAACUCGUGCCUCAGCUCCGUUAGACUUGCUGUGGAUUGAAGAGGUGGUGCCAAUGAUUGGGGUACAGGUGGGGCCAUGAGGUUGGACCAGGAUUGGAGAAACUCCAGUACUCCAGAGUUGCUGCUUAUUUUUGGACUGGCCUCAGAUGCUGCUUUGGCUUUGAAAUUCCUAGUUUAAUUUCCAUGGUUAAUUCCUUUAGAGCAACAAGGACCUCUUCUCAGAGAGAAGUUGUAAUUUAGUCUGUGAGGAACUGAAUGGUGAGAGAUUGGGGCACCGCAGUCCAGUUGAAGCAUGCUUCUUAUGCGUAUCACAUCUGGUGUGUUUGUGGGAUUCCGCAAUUUUCCCCUUGCCGAAGCAUGAUGUUGGCAUUGGGCAAACUGGAAGCUUACCUGAAACCAAACUUGGAGCAUCUGAUACACAGCCAGAGACAUCCUAGCAAAUUCAGCAGCCUCUUCUUUCUCUGUAACAGAGAUAUCAUUUAUGUGGAGAUCCACAACCUUUAAUAGGGAUCCAAGAUCUUUGCAGUUUGGUGGACCAGAUAUGAAUUUCCACGCAACCAAAACGAUAUAACUUCCCUGCUUACUUGACAAGCCAUUGUGAGUGUAAGCCAAGAUCCCUGGCAAUGUUGCUGAUGUUAGUGUGUGACUUAAAAGAUUAGGGACUCUUCUAAAUAGAUGGUUUAUUGGCAAUUUGACAAUAUUUUAUCUGAUACCUGGUCUAACCAGAAGACAGAUUUUUCCACGUCUAUGUGCCUCACAUGCUUUGUGGGUAUUAAUGUUGCUUCAUUGAGCCUUAAUUGUGCUUGUAGAAUGGGAAAACUAUGACAGAGAUUGGGGAUGUGAGCUUGUCUAGAUUUCAGGUCACUGACCCCUAUGCGUAUUUUUAAUCUACAGGAAGAUUCAAGGAGAGUUCCUUCAUUUCACUGCUGGGGUCAGUAUGUUGUUUUAGAAAGGAUAUAUUUGGGUUGUUAAGGAAAGAAAGAAAUGAGCAAAGGCAAAUAAAAAAGCUCCUUAUUUAUUAAUAUAAUUUUUUUGGAAAUAGAAAUUUUCUCAAACUUCUGACUUUUGGAAUAUCAGAAAAAGAGCAAAGUCUAAACAUUGGAAUAAAUAGGGAAAUCUGCUAAGAAGUCAUUUGAUAACUUUCAGAACCACUGUUAAGAAACUGAUCUUGAUGAACAGCAAUUCCAUUGACAAGAAGAGAGAAAAAGCCAUAAUUACACCUUCAUCCACUGCCCUUCAGGAGCUUUGCUUCUCUACAGUGAGCUUUUCAAUUGUAUGAGAAUUUUACUUUUUUACCAAC